CCCAGCCCAUUACCUCGCGGCUCGCGCUAUCCCGUCUCCUCUCCUGGUUCCCUCUUUCUCCCGCUCCGUCCGCCUCCGGUGAGCUGAGCUCCGGCGAGGCGAGGUCGGAGAUCCCACCGCCGUGUCGCCGCCGCCUCCAAGUUCUCCUUCCUCCCUCGCCUCUUCGCGCCGGCGAGGUCCCACCUUCGCCUUCCCGGAUCGGCGCCGGUGAGGUCCGGCGACAUAUCGCGUCCCCGUGCAUCCAUCUACUCGGCCGGCGACCGCGCGCCCCUUCGCCGUCGUCUUAUGCGCUUCCCACGGGGCCGCACGAUCCGGACAUGGGCGCGUUUGGGCGAAGACGCCGCCUAUUCGCGGUUCGCGCCCCCCUCCUCUCCCGCUUCGUUUCUCCCCAAUCUCCACCUCCACCUUCUGCGCGCGCCGCUGCCAUUCACACGCAUCGAGUAAGCUCGAUCUCAUCACCUCCCGAGCUGUAGUCUUUGCCCGCACUUGAGGUCGCGCCGGCCGCCGGGGCGGCAGAGAGAGAGAGAGAGAGAGAGAGGAUUCAGAGAGGUGUUGUUUGGCCGCGCACGAGAGGUGUUCGACGAUUUGCCCACCUGGUCUCCUCCAAGCCAGAGAGAGGUUAUGCGCCGGUGCGGCCGAAUUUUUUUCCCUCCGUCUCUCAAGUUCGUGUCUCAUAGCGGCGGCAGGCUCUCCGCGACACGCUUCUCUACCACCGGGUUCGACCUCCCCGACUGGUUCAGGAACCCCAAGGACGAUGGCUCAUGCGCCGGCUUGGAUGACGAGGAGGACGACAUUUUUGUGCUCCCGACUGAACCCAACGUCUCGGAUGAGCGAAGAAGCCAGAGCAGCACCUCCAGGUCGCUGUCGAUCCGCCCUGGCUUUCCUGCAACUGCCUCCCAUGAGGAUGCUGAGUUCGAGGCCGACAUCGAUGAGGUCAGCAGGAUCCUUAGUGCUCGUUUCGCGUCUCCUGAGGCCAUUAUGAUAGCCAUGGACUGCUGCUCUGUAAGGGUCACUGGCUGCCUUGUUGACAAGAUCCUGACGAGGUUCAGCAAUGAUUGGGUGGCGGCAUUCGGGUUCUUCAUGUGGGUUGGCACUCAGGGAGGGUACUGCCAUUGUGCCGAUUCAUAUGACUUGAUGGUAGAUAUACUGGGGAAGUUCAAGCAGUUUGAUCUGAUGUGGGGUUUGAUCAAUCAGAUGGUUGAGGUUGGAGGCUUGAUGUCGCUCAUGACGAUGACAAAGGUGAUGAGAAGGCUUGCUGGGGCAAGUCGAUGGACCGAGGCCAUCGACGCCUUCCAUAAGAUGGAUCGGUUUGGAGUUGUGAAGGAUACAAAGGCCAUGAAUGUGCUCCUGGACACACUGUGCAAGGAGAGGAGCGUGAAGCGCGCAAGAGGCGUCUUCCAAGAGCUGAGGGGAACAAUACCUCCAGACGAGAACAGCUUCAAUACUCUCGUGCAUGGUUGGUGUAAGGCAAGGAUGCUGAAGGAAGCUCUAGACACAAUGGAGGAGAUGAAGCAGCAUGGAUUCAGUCCUUCAGUGGUGACUUAUACCAGCCUGGUAGAAGCAUACUGCAUGGAGAAAGAUUUUCAGACUGUUUACGCUCUCUUGGACGAGAUGCGCAAGAGGCGGUGUCCCCCAAAUGUUGUUACAUAUACCAUUUUGAUGCAUGCACUGGGGAAGGCUGGGAGAACGCGAGAAGCUUUGGAUACCUUUGACAAGUUGAAGGAAGAUGGUGUUGCUCCAGAUGCUUCCUUCUACAACUCCCUGAUCUACAUACUUGGCAGAGCUGGGAGGUUGGAAGAUGCAUACUCUGUGGUUGAAGAAAUGCGCACAACUGGAAUCGCCCCUAACGUCACUACCUUCAACACCUUGAUUUCUGCUGCUUGUGACCACUCUCAGGCAGAGAAUGCCCUGAAGCUUCUGGUUAAGAUGGAGGAGCAGUCAUGCAAUCCAGACAUAAAGACAUACACGCCAUUGCUGAAGCUGUGCUGUAAAAGACAGUGGGUAAAGAUACUUCUGUUCCUAGUGUGCCAUAUGUUUAGAAAGGACAUUAGCCCUGAUUUCAGCACUUACACCUUGUUGGUAAGCUGGCUGUGCAGAAAUGGGAAGGUUGCCCAGUCUUGCCUGUUCUUGGAGGAAAUGGUGUCAAAGGGUUUUGCUCCAAAGCAGGAGACAUUUGAUCUUGUGAUGGAGAAGCUUGAGAAGAGGAAUCUGCAGUCAGUGUACAAAAAGAUUCAAGUUCUCAGGACGCAGGUAACAAAUCUGAAGCAUAUGGAGUCCUUUCAAUGAGAGGUCACUGAUGGUGGACAACAUUGUGCUGUGUUGUACAACACCUGUGGUCAUGAAUCUUAAUAUACUGCUCAUUGGAAUGUUUAUGCAAACUUAAUAUGUACUGCUCAUUGGAAUGUUUAUGCAAAUGCGACUGUGAUUCAGUAACUAUCCUACUUUUCAAUUGUUACAGUUA